GCCCACGCUUCUGUAGACCAUCGAAGAAGAAGGUGGGGCGCUAAAACCGUGAGUGAGGGAGUGAGGGAGGAGGAGGAGUUGGGUGUUGCCUCAGUCUCCAGCCUGAACUCAGGGUUUCCCAGUCCAGACGACAUUCAGUCCCGCUCACACGCCGCGACACCUGCCGCUGUCCUCCCGAAAACUCCGCACCCGAAUAGACUUAUCGAACCGACACCAUGGUGGUCGAAGGCUGCACCAAAUGCAUCAAGUACAUGCUCUUCUUCUUCAACUUCAUCUUCUGGCUCGCAGGAGGUGUUAUCCUGGGCGUGGCCCUGUGGCUGAGACAUGACCCGAAGACCAGCAGCCUGCUGGAGCUCGAAUUUGAUGGAGCCCAUGCCCCGAGCACCUUCUACAUCAGUGUCCACAUCCUGAUUGCUGUAGGCGCAGUGAUGAUGGUGGUCGGUUUCCUCGGAUGUUACGGAGCCAUCCAGGAGUCCCAGUGUCUUUUGGGAACUUUCUUCGCCUGCCUGGUCAUCUUGUUUGCCUGCGAAGUGGCAGCUGGAAUCUGGGGCUUCAUGCACAAAGACACUGUGUCGAAGGAAAUGAUUAACUUCUACGACUCUGUGUACGACAAGGCCAUGACAGACACCAUCGUUGACAAGGACAAGGCAAACGCUGCUGCCGCAGUGCUCAAGGUCUUCCACGAGACGCUGAACUGCUGUGGUAAAGGCCAGGCGUCAACUUUCCUGACACAAUUAGCAGACAAGUUUGGCGUGACCGACUUGUGCCCCAGCAGUGGAACUACAACUAGUUGCCACAGCAGGAUCCAAGUUUUGUUUUCAGAUAAGAUUUAUCUGAUUGGUAUCGCUGCUCUGGUGGUUGCAGUUAUUAUGAUUUUCGAGAUGAUCUUCAGCAUGGUGCUGUGCUGCGGGAUCCGCAACAGCCCGGUGUACUAAAGCGACAGGCUUUCCAGGCUGCUCGCCGUGAGGGAAGGACGAGCUCGCAGUGUCUGUCUCAUUUUUUUUCUUUCCUUUUUAUAAGCAGGAAUCGUCACAUAUAUUGCUUGCUGGAUUUAGUCAGCUCUUUGAGAAGACAACAUAAACCAUCCUCCAUUGAGCAUUUUCAUGACACUGUCAGUGAAUUUUUUUGUUAGUCACCGAUGCUGUUAUGGAUAUUUAACCAGUGCUAUUCUAACCUGAUAUGUAGAUAUUAUAUCACACUGUCACACGAGUUACACCAACACGUCCCGGUGCUCUAAUCCUUUUAGUGAUUCGUUAGUUGUUUACUGCUUCCUUGCCUACGAACAUGCUAUUAUAUUCUCGGUUUUAUGAAUGUUUUUCCACUGUUUUAUGUAUAAACUGUAUAUAAAUAUAUAUAUUAACAGUGCUUUAUGACUGCCUGAGCAUGGAUAUUGUAUUACAGUAGAUCCUUGUCCUGUAUUCUUCCUGCACUCCGCUUGCUUGUCUCGGCCCUAGACAGAACCAGAUGACGGCGUGGUGAGGCCGACGCUAGUGAAGCGCUAGCGUCGGCCUCAUCACGCCACAUACAGGUGAACACACACACAAAUGCACUUCCCUGUCCUUGCAUCCUUAUCGCUUAUCGUGUGAUGCUGUGUGCAAAGGAGAAUCUCAGUUAUUCUUUGGCUGUUUGUUGUUCGUCACAUGUCCAAAACUGUUCCGAAUGCUCAGUUGCAUAAAACCGUAUUUACCUCAGUGGGUAGAGGUGGAUUCAUUUGGUGUAGUCUUUAUGUGCGUUUAAAAAAAAAAAGAAAAGAAAAAAAAGAUUGAGAUGAAAAAAAGAGAAGUACUUAAACAGUUUCAUACAACUGUGCACUGAUUUGUGGAGCGGGCGGCUCAACACUGAUCAUCUCUCACAAAUUAGACCUGAAACUAAAUUCAAAUGUAACAUUUACGCAGAGCAAGUCGACCGGCGCUCCUGUUCCAUCCAUUUGUUUGUCGUUAUCUCUUUGUAUUCCAACAAACCCGUUGGCUUCCCAAACAUCAGCCAGUCUGUCUCUGCUUGCUCAGCUCUGUAGGAAAUGGAUCGACCUUUGCUUGUUCCGUAAUCCGGUGCAACAGCAGAGAGAGCCCUCCGUGUGGUGUUCUGGAUCUAGGGGUUGCCUCAUCUGGUUGAGUCUAGUCGUGUCUCAUCGGAACUGGUUGAGUCAUUGUAACUGUCCCUCCAGCCUCACAGCCUACUAACCUAACUCACCGUCGACAUUCAUGUGAUAACUGUUCCAAACAAAAAAGCAGCUCGGGACACAAUAUCAUGAGCGCCAAAAUUAAAACCGUGUGAGCUGGAACUAUUUUGUGUCUCAGAGACUCCUGGACGUCACUACACCCGGCCAAGAACUUGAUCCAGCCUGUAGCUUCUCUUCCAACUACAACUUGUCGUACUUGUGCUAUAUUAGAUUUUACGUGUUCAUGACUUUGCAGCUGCUCCAUGAAGUUUUUUUUUUUUUUAAACAGUGUCGGGCUGAUUGCAGUAGUAUUAAUUGUACUAUUAGUAUAGAGCAGCACGGUCACAGCUACAGUAUUGACCACAGAUCAGUCUUACCUGCAUGCUGAAGUCCAGCCAAUCACAAAGCUCCCAUCUGGCAACUGAACAUGCUGUGGGUUUUGUUUUUUUUUUUACUCCAUCAGAUAGAAAAUAUUUUGUCCUGAGGUCUGUCCCUAUAAGCUGACACUCCAAUUUCACACACACACACACACACACACACACACACACACACACACGCAUAAUUCAUAUCAUCUUGUGUAACCUUCCAUUUUAUCACAGCUUUUGUCAACCAACUAAAACCCUGUCUUGUUAGCAUCUCAUACUUAAACUGAGAAACAGUAAAAGUGUCUUGUAAUAUUUACAGCUCUGAAGUAUUGUACUAAUGAAAUCAUGAAGGCUGUAGAAAGACAAAUGUAUGCCUUUUUUUUUCUCCUUGUAUUGUGAUAUCUUUGUCUGGUACGUCGUCAAAAAGAGUCUGGACAGAAAGGGAGGAGGAUUUUGUGGCAGUGCUGACUGAGAGUAAGAUAAACUUUCAACACAUCAGCUGGAUUCUCCCCCAGAAACCAAAAAAAAAAACAGUAGAGUAUUCCCGGAUGAUGAGGACAGUCGCUGUGUUUCUCACAGCUCUGUCCGUGUUGCUGCCUUUUUGAAUUUGGCACCUGAUGCUCGGGACACACUGCCACUUCAAUCUCAACCCCUCUCUACUCUAGUAGACUUUGGUUUGCCCAAAAUAUAAAGGGAUUAAAUGUAUUUUACAAAUAAAAAAAAA